UUCUGUUGGCAGAGCCGAUAAAAACAUCGCGAGGAGUUGAGAUCUAAGCGAAACAUUAAUAAAUCUGGUUGUUCGAUUUUACCACAGACCUAUAAUAAUAUCGACACUAUUUUCUGGGGCUUCAUUGUUGGCAUGGUACUCGACUAUCUUUAACGGGAUACUAAUUUAUAUUUUCUACGUUUAUGGUUUUUAAUCUGUCAACCUGUUUUAAUCCCAGUUUCCCCACGUUUACACUAGACACCAAACCCUCCUCAAUAAAUCACCGCCUUUUGUUGUGACAGUCGUGACAGUUGAGGUUAUGUCAAACACAAACGAAAUGAAAUUCGACGAAAAUAUUAAAAAAUCACUUAAUUUAGCGAAUAAUGCAACUGCUGUAACGGACGCUACAUUCAAAGGAUUAUUAGAGAACUGUUUUUCAGUUCUUACAGGACUACCAGAACCUCACAACGUUACAAAUUUAUACAACUCGAAACCGGACCUGGUAAAGGAAUUGUACGCCGCUUUACUAUCCAUUACAGCUGAAUUUGUACGUAGCGGUCAAAAGAGCGACAGCAUAAGAGAUUUUCUUAACAAAUGUGGCUACAAUGAGGCCAAAAUUAGCUUUUAUACUGAUCUGUAUGACAGAAAUCGUGAAGAAAUUGAAGGUAGUUUAAUAAAUGUGGGGAGUCAUCUUCCUCACAUAACAGACGUGACAUGGAAAAUCGACUAUAUUAUCAAAUCAAGUUGUGUCGAUGCCAGUGAAGGUCCGCUCUUCCGAAUAGGGCUCCAGACAGAGAAAUAUGACUCCGAAAUAGGCGGUAAAAAGGUCGAGCUUGUCAAUUUUACAUGUGACAGUCAAGAACUUCAAGAUUUGGUUUACAAAUUAAAAGACGCAGUUCGGCAUUGUCAAAGAAUAGGAAGUGAGCACUGAGGGGUUCUGCUGAUAGUUUAUCGUUCCUAUAUUAAUAUUUAUUGCCUGUUUUUGAUAUGUAAAUAACUUGUACUAAUUGAUAAUGUGUGAUAUAAAAACGUGUACUACGAAGGUGCAAUAAAGUACAAGAAUGGG